CCACCCCGUUAUAGCAUCGGCAGUGGUCACUCCUCCCCAAAUUACGAAACCCCUCUUCGAAGCAAUCAUCCGCCACACAUUUUCGAAAAGGCCGAGUGUAACAUCCAUGUAGAUACUGCGCUGUGUUCACCUGGACGUAUUCGCAGCUUCGUGUCCAUGGGUUAUGUGCCUUACAUGCCAGCUCCCCCGUCCCUCCCGAACGUAUGAAUAAGCAUAAUGCGAGCGCGCGUUACUUGUGGAAUGCCACACUUUUGAUCUCCGUACGUCAAAAUGGAUUCAACAAAUAGUAGUACCAAUGAUGGCACCAAAAAGAAGGGGAAAUUUAUCGUCUUUGAGGGCCUCGAUAGGUCUGGCAAAUCGACUCAGUCCAAACUGCUAGUGGAGCACUUGAGGAGGAAAAAUGUGGAAGUCAACCAUUUGUGUUUCCCCAACAGGGAAACCCCCACGGGACAAAUAAUCGCCAAGUAUUUGAAAAUGCAGAGCGACAUGACGAACGAAACCAUCCACCUACUGUUCUCGGCAAACCGAUGGGAGCUAAUGGGCGAAAUUAAACGCCUGCUGGCCAGCGGCGUGUGGGUUGUCUGCGACAGAUAUGCCUACUCGGGGGUGGCCUACUCUGCGGGAGCGCUUAAAUUGUCCAAAACCUGGUGCAUGAACCCCGACCAAGGCCUAAUCAAACCGGACGUCGUUUUUUACCUCAACGUCCCUCCCAACUACGCCCAAAACAGAUCGGAAUAUGGCGAAGAAAUUUACGAGAAAGUCGAAGUCCAGAAGAGGAUAUACGAAACGUAUAAAAAUUUCUCCCAAGAGGAUUAUUGGAUAAACCUUGACGGGACAAAAAACAUCGACGACAUACACCAAGAUGUUAUAAACGAGAUAACCAAACUGGAGCCAGUGCAUGAAGAGCUGUUCACAUUUUUGUGGUCGUAG